GCGGUUGCGGUCCCUGCGCCCGCGGCGGUGGCGGAGGUUCUGGCGGCGGCGAGUGGAUAUCUCUGGAAUAUUUGGAUAAUGUGAAAUUUGGGAUGCAGUGAUGUCUACUCUCUGCCCACCACCAUCUCCUGCUGUUGCCAAGACAGAGAUUGCUUUAAGUGGUGAAUCACCUUUAUUAGCAGCUACCUUUGCUUACUGGGACAAUAUUCUUGGUCCUAGAGUAAGGCAUAUUUGGGCCCCUAAGACAGAUCAGGUACUUCUCAGUGAUGGAGAAAUAACUUUUCUUGCCAACCACACCCUAAAUGGAGAAAUUCUUCGAAAUGCAGAGAGUGGGGCUAUAGAUGUAAAGUUUUUUGUCUUAUCUGAAAAAGGAGUAAUUAUUGUUUCAUUAAUCUUCGAUGGCAACUGGAAUGGAGAUCGGAGUACUUAUGGACUAUCAAUUAUACUUCCACAGACGGAGCUUAGUUUCUAUCUCCCACUUCACAGAGUGUGUGUUGAUAGAUUAACACAUAUUAUUCGGAAAGGAAGGAUAUGGAUGCAUAAGGAAAGGCAAGAAAAUGUCCAGAAGAUUGUCUUAGAAGGCACAGAGAGAAUGGAAGAUCAGGGUCAAAGUAUUAUUCCAAUGCUUACUGGAGAAGUCAUUCCUGUAAUGGAACUGCUUUCAUCUAUGAAAUCUCACAGUGUUCCUGAAGAAAUAGAUAUAGCUGAUACGGUACUCAAUGAUGAUGAUAUUGGUGACAGUUGUCAUGAAGGCUUUCUUCUCAAUGCCAUCAGCUCACACUUGCAAACCUGUGGCUGCUCUGUUGUAGUAGGCAGCAGUGCAGAGAAAGUAAAUAAGAUAGUGAGAACAUUAUGCCUUUUUCUGACUCCAGCAGAGAGAAAAUGCUCCAGAUUAUGUGAAGCAGAAUCAUCAUUUAAAUAUGAGUCAGGACUCUUUGUGCAAGGCCUGCUAAAGGAUUCAACUGGAAGCUUUGUACUGCCCUUCCGUCAAGUCAUGUAUGCACCAUAUCCCACYACACAUAUCGAUGUGGAUGUCAAUACUGUGAAGCAGAUGCCACCCUGUCAUGAACACAUUUAUAAUCAGCGUAGAUACAUGAGAUCGGAGCUGACAGCAUUUUGGAGAGCCACUUCAGAAGAAGACAUGGCACAGGACACCAUCAUCUACACAGAUGAGAGCUUCACUCCUGAUUUGAAUAUUUUCCAGGAUGUCUUACACAGAGACACUCUAGUCAAAGCCUUCCUGGAUCAGGUCUUUCAUUUGAAACCUGGUUUAUCUCUCAGGAGUACUUUCCUUGCACAGUUUCUGCUUGUCCUUCACAGAAAAGCCUUGACACUAAUAAAAUACAUAGAAGAUGAUACGCAGAAGGGGAAAAAGCCCUUUAAAUCUCUUCGGAAUCUGAAGAUAGACCUUGAUUUAACAGCAGAGGGCGAUCUUAACAUAAUAAUGGCUCUAGCAGAGAAAAUCAAACCAGGCCUACAUUCUUUUAUCUUUGGAAGACCUUUCUACACAAGUGUACAAGAACGAGAUGUCCUAAUGACUUUUUAAACGUGGAAUUUAUUAAGUAUAUUUCAUCACAGUCACUAUUGCUAUUGAAAUAGUUCCAUGGUGUGGGAAGCAUCAUUCCCCCAAAUUAUGCCCCUAGAGUCCUACUCAGCAUUGCAGUUAAAGUUAGUUACACUACAGUUGCCACAAGAGGUCUGUAGGGGAUGUCAGGUGCAUCGUUAACAUUGAAUAUCUCUCUUUCUAGAUGUGCUCUCUUGGGGACUUCUGUUUACAAUUAUAACAAAUACUAUUGCUGUCUUUAAAAGAUAUAUUAAUAGUAUAUAAAUUUGACCACAACUACUGGUUUUUUUUUUAAAUUUAUGAUUCAUGGUUUACACGUAUCAAAGUGAAAUCUGAGUUAGCUUCUGCAAAUAUCAUAGUAAUUGACUUGACAUUUUUUGGUGUUUCUUGUUGUGUAGGAUUACUGUAAGACUUUUGCAAUCAUCUGCAAAUUUAGAGCAUUUAAAAUUUUCAGUUCCACAGAAAAGAAGUUAGCUUGAAUAGGAAGAAGAGAUUGAUCAAUAAUUCAAUAAUUAUUGAAAUUUAAUCAUUAGAACCUACUUUGUAGAUUUAGUCUUUAGAAUUCAGUCUAUAUAAAAAUGUCAGGCGGUUAUGUGCAGUCCCUGAUUAUGGUAAACUCAGUGUGGUUUUUGUUUAUCACUGUUAUCAACAUCCAAUAUGGUUAAGCUCUGUCCAGGAAAAUAUAGGAAAUUGAAUUGUUUUAGUAGUUGUUGCCAACUUUUCAGAUUAAUUUUUAUUAUUUUCAAGCCAAAUAGAAAUGUGCACCUCCUGUGCCUUCCCCGCCUCCCCCCCCCCCCAUGGAAAGUAUAAUUACUUGGAAGAAGUUCGGAUUCCACUGGUCAGUCCUUUCCACUUAUUUUUCUCAUACAGAGUCUAUCAUUUACCUGGUUUGGCAGUCAUGGUGAUCCAAGUUUAUAAAAUGCAUUAGAGAAUAUACUAACUAAUAAGAUCUUUUGAGAACAGAAAACAGUUUUUGGUCUUCUUCCACCUUUUAUUUCUGCCCACGUAUUGGAAGUUAUUGCCUUGCUGCCUGCAUCACAUAAGAGCAGCAGGAGAAACUUGACRGAAGUGAUAUUUUUUUAGGUGCUAUUUUUGUCAGAACUAAGUGGUCUGUUUCUUUACUUUCCUUAAUGUGUUUGGACCAUUUUACUGGCUAAAAAAUAAUUAACAUAAUUCUCUGCUAGAGAAGUAUUGACAUAGGAGCAUAUCAAACACAGAUAUUUUUAUUUAAAACUGGAAGUGACAUGAAAGGGAAAAUAUAAGUAGAUGAAAGAUAUAAAAUUGAUAGAGCCCUUCUGCUCCCAUCUACAAAAUUUAAUGAAAAAGAUAUGUUCUAUUCUGAAAGGUCAUAAUAGCUUUUGCAUAAUGAGUCAGAAAGAGGUAGACAUCUUAAACACUGAACAAGAUGGAUAUACUACAUGUAGCUCAGUCAAGAAAAAUUUUGUAGAUACCAUCUUUUAGUGUCCUGUAUGUGCUCAAUGCUUUUAUAUGGUAGAUCCCUAUUUAAGUGCUGACUUAUUUUCUUUUGUUGGUUUAUUGUAUUGUUGUAUAGAACGUAAGAUGUACAGUGAAAUAAGUUAUUAAAGCAUGUGUAAACAUUGUUACCUUUUCUCCUAGUUGGAGAAUUUUGAAUAAAAUAUCUUUGAAAUUUUGUCUCUUUCACUUAUUGUUUAGGAAAAAACACUAUUAUGAUAUUGGAAGACUGAUUAGCUUCUGAUUUGGCUGACAGACAUGUU